AUGGUCUUCAAGAACUCGUUCAUAAUCACAGGUGGUACUCAAGGCAUGGGAUACCAUGCAGCCCUGAUCAUCGCCAAAGAACAUCCUGAGUUUCUCGUCGUGAUCUUGGCACGAUCUGACAGGAACCAUGCUGCCGAGACGAUCAACAAAACCCUAGGCCAGUCCAACACCAUCUUUAUGCCAAUUGAUCUGGGCAACCCCGACAGUGUGCGCCGUUUCGUUAAGAAUUGGAUUGCCGACACGUCGAAGCCCCAGAUCAAAGGUCUGGUGAUGAACGCGGCGCUGCAAUUCCCAACAACUCUUCAGCUGACAGACGAGGGUAUGGAAAAGACAUUUGCCAUCUCGCAUGUGGGACACGCGAUUCUCUUCCACCUUCUUUGCCCUUACCUCGCCACUGGUUCUCGCAUCGUUCUCACAUCAAGCGGCACUCACGAUCCAGCGCAAAAGUCAGGUCUGCCGGAUGCCGAAUACAACUCGGCUGAAGAACUGGCAUUCCCGCCACCAUCCAAGGUGGAUAUUCCCGGUCGGAAGCGCUACUCAACCACCAAGCUCUGCAACGUGCUCUGGGCUUAUGCGCUUGCACGGCACCUGGCUGAAAGAGCCCCGGAACGCGGUAUCACUGUCAACGCCAUGGACCCAGGUCUUAUGCCCGGUACAGGACUGGCGCGCGAGGCCAGCGCCAUUGAAGGAUGGCUCUGGAAUUCAGUUUUACCGCACAUGCUAGGUCUCCUCCGUAUAAUAUUCAACCCCAAUGUACACACACCGGCGGAGUCAGCAGCCGCGCUGGCUCGUUUGGCCGUGUCACCCAGCGUCGAAGGAGUUACCGGCAAAUAUUUCGAAGGGUUGAAAGAGAUCAUGUCCAGCAAUGACAGUUACGUUAAGAGCAAACAAGAGGAUCUGUGGAACUGGACCAUCAACUACGUAGCACAGGGAGAUGAGUCUGAAGCGGAGCGGUUACGGUCACUUAAGUGA